AGCCUGACUGAAGUCUGGGAGCCCGCGAUCGCACCAGCUUCUUGGUCUUAGAGAUCCUGAGCUCUCGGCUGACGCGGAAGCGCAGCCAUCCCCACCACCGCCGCCACGGCCAACACUGGGUGCCACGGCCGCCGCCAGGCCGCCGGCCGCCGCCUGCAGCGGCUGCCCGCUGCCCGCGCCGCCGCCGCGGAUCGCCCGCCGCCCACCAUGGCCCAGCAGCAAACAGGUAGCAGGAAACGGAAAGCGCCCGCGGUCGAGGCGGGCGCCGGGAGCUCGUCCUCGCAGGGCUUAGCGGCGGCGGACGGAGACGGGCCUCUGCUACCCAAGAAGCAGAAGCGGCCGGCGACGCGUCGCAGGCUGGUGCACUAUCUGAAGGGCCGGGAGGUAGGAGCGAGGGGCCCCGCCGGGCUCCAGGGCUUCGAGGGCGAGCUUCGGGGCUACGCCGUCCAGAGGCUGCCCGAGCUGCUGACGGAGCGCCAGCUGGACCUGGGCACCCUCAACAAGGUGUUCGCGUCACAGUGGCUGAACGCCAGGCAGGUGGUGUGCGGCACCAAGUGUAACACGCUCUUCGUGGUGGACGUGCAGUCAGGCCACAUCACGCGCAUCCCCCUCAUGCGGGACAAGGAGGCCGGGCUGGCCCAGGCCCAACAGGGCUGCGGCAUCCAUGCCAUCGAGCUGAAUCCCUCCAAGACGCUUCUGGCCACCGGCGGCGAAAACCCCAACAGCCUGGCCAUCUACCAGCUGCCCACCCUGGACCCCCUGUGCCUGGGCGACCGCCAUGGCCACAAGGACUGGAUCUUCGCCGUCGCCUGGCUGAGUGACACCGUAGCCGUGAGCGGCUCCCGCGACGGCACUGUGGCGCUGUGGCGGAUGGACCCGGACAUGUUCAAUGGCAGCAUUGCCUGGCACAGCGAGGUGGGUCUCCCUGUAUAUGCCCACAUCCGUCCGAAGGAUGUGGAGGCCAUACCCAGGGCCAGCACCAACCCCAGUAACCGCAAGGUGCGGGCCCUGGCCUUCAGCGGCAAGAACCAGGAGCUGGGAGCGGUGUCCUUAGACGGCUACUUCCACCUGUGGAAAGCCCGGAGCACACUAUCCAGGCUGCUGUCCAUCAGGCUGCCCUACUGCCGAGAGAAUGUGUGCCUGACCUACUGCGAUGAGUUGUCCCUCUACGCUGUGGGCUCCCAGUCCCACGUCUCCUUCCUGGAUCCGCGCCAGCGCCAGCAGAACAUCCGGCCCCUGUGCUCUCGAGAAGGUGGCACAGGCGUGCGGUCUCUGAGCUUCUACCAGCACAUCAUCACGGUGGGCACCGGCCAUGGCUCCCUGCUCUUCUAUGACAUCCGGGCCCAGAAGUUCCUGGAGGAGAGGGCCUCUGCCAGUCUGGACUCUACGCCGGGGCCCGCAGGGAGGAAGCUCAAGCUUGCCUGUGGCAGAGGCUGGCUCAACCAGGAUGACGUCUGGGUGAACUACUUUGGUGGCAUGGAAGAGUUCCCCAAUGCGCUCUACACCCACUGCUACAACUGGCCCGAGAUGAAGCUCUUUGUGGCUGGGGGGCCUCUCCCUUCAGGCCUCCAUGGGAACUACGCAGGCCUCUGGAGUUAAGGAUGAACGCCUUGUUCUCAAAGUGCACAGGUUUACCUUUCAGUUCCGCCUAACUUUCCUUCUUCAGGCUGCAUUUGUGCUUUUAACUUUGUGUGGCUUUUGUCUUCCAGGUGGAACCAGUCCAACUUACGUGUGCUUCGUGUAUUAGGCAGAUAAAGAGAGAGCGGGAGCAAGCCAGUGGGAGUGAGAGAGCACAAGUGGUCUUUUCGACAGUCAAAACUUUGGCUUUAAAUCUCUCAUUCACGUUUCCCAACAGCAGUAUAUUUUUGCCUUCUCAUUCAAAGAGUUUUGGCUAAAUCUUAAUUGUAUUCUGUCUUUCAGUGAUUCACAUACCCUCCUUCUUUAGGUUGAUGCAGUCUUCACUACUAUUCAGUACAUUAGUUUUAUCAAUAUUGCAAUAGUGUUCAGAUCUUUUGCACAUGUUAGAUGUGUGGUGUUUUGGGGAAAUGUGUGCUACAAAGCAUCUUUGGGGUUGUUUUGAGGAACUACCCAUCAUUUAUAGCCUUACUCUAAUUAGAAAAUGCAGUUCAGGUUCUAGAUUGCCACCAUUCUAGUGUCGUACACACCAUUCUGCAGUGUGAUUCAUUUGGAUAUUGGAAACUGAAUGUCUAUUGUUUGUAUAUUGUUGAUGUGUAAAAUGCUUUAAAAAUAUGUUCUCUUAGUUAGAAAUCUUACAAUGUUGUUCAUACUAUUAAUCAACAAUUUUGGUUAUUCAGUACAACUUUACUAUCCUCAGGCCUUCCGUGUUCUUAUUUAAAGCCGCUAUAUUAUGGCCUGCUUUUCUAUGCUACAGAUUUUCAGAACUAAUCAAUUCUGGUCUAUGUAUGUGGUAGGGCAAUCAAGGAGGUAUUUUUUGGGGUAUAUGGGGUAAACAUCUCUUUAAAUUCAGGUAGUUAUUUACAGUGAAAAGCCAGUUGUGGCAGUUGUGCUCAGAGUAGGUGUUGCUGAUUUUUUAUUACUGUAUACAUGGAUAAUUCUGUAUCCAGUAUGUGAUGUGUUGCAGAAAAAUAAAUAAAAUGUGUUCAUCAUCUUAGCAA